GUACCUGAUAGAUACAAUAUGUCUGGACGUGGUAAGGGAGGAAAAGGACUCGGAAAGGGAGGCGCCAAGCGUCACCGAAAGGUUCUGCGUGAUAACAUCCAGGGUAUCACGAAGCCCGCAAUCCGCCGUCUCGCUCGUCGUGGUGGUGUGAAACGCAUCUCUGGCCUCAUCUACGAGGAGACCCGAGGUGUCCUCAAGGUGUUCCUUGAGAACGUCAUCCGCGAUGCCGUGACAUACACUGAGCACGCCAAGAGGAAGACCGUCACUGCCAUGGACGUCGUCUAUGCCCUCAAGAGACAAGGCAGGACUCUUCACCAUCGCUCAGGGUGGUCAACGAUGGCAAGAACAAAGCAGACCGCUCGUAAAUCCACCGGUGGAAAGGCUCCACGCAAACAGCUGGCUACCAAGGCCGCUCGCAAGAGCGCACCAGCAACCGGCGGUGUCAAGAAGCCUCACAGAUACAGGCCAGGAACCGUCGCCCUUCGUGAAAUCAGAAGGUACCAGAAGAGCACCGAGCUCCUCAUCAGGAAACUGCCAUUCCAGCGCCUGGUUCGUGAAAUCGCUCAGGACUUCAAGACUGACCUCCGAUUCCAGAGCUCCGCUGUCAUGGCUCUCCAAGAGGCCAGCGAGGCUUACCUGGUCGGCCUUUUCGAGGACACCAACUUGUGCGCCAUCCACGCCAAGCGUGUCACCAUCAUGCCAAAGGACAUCCAGCUCGCACGCCGUAUUCGCGGCGAACGUGCGUAAGCUUUUGUA